AAACGCUUUCCUCAUGUAGCAUUACUGAGCAUGCGCCCGGGGUCGUCGAAGAAUCCAGUAAAUACAACUCGGGAACACGAGCUGUGUCGUUGCUGACGUCACCAGCCUACAUUGAAAGCUGUAGCUGAGUUGUAAGCGCGAGCUCAGACGGAGGCGCGCGGACGUAACGGACGCAACAGAAAUGCUCUGUUGUUGUGACUUUGCUGCUUUCUGAGGCAAUAUCCCUCCUUACCUGCUAUCCGACUUUGAGUUUUCCCUCUUUUUAUCGACGUAAACAAACCGACGGAGACCUCGGAUUUAUUAUUUUGUUGUUUUUACAUUUUUUUACGGGUUUACAGCAUGUCCUCUGCGGCGGUUGCUGCCUCCAGACGGCAGUCCUGCUAUUUGUGCGAUUUACCCCGCAUGCAAUGGGCGAUGAUCUGGGAUUUUACCGAGCCCGUCUGCCGCGGAUGUGUCAACUACGAGGGCGCCGACCGGAUUGAGAUUGUUAUCGAGAGUGCCCGUCAUCUGAAGAGAGCUCACGGCUUUCAGGACGGCCGCUCUCCGGGACCGGGGAAGCCCCAGUACACCGGUAAGGACAUGAACCAUUCGGACGGAGGUUCUCGUCCGCCGCAGCCUCUGGACCGUUACCCGCUGUCGGACCGGCCGCCCCGGUUGGGACCGGAAUACCAAGCGGGCAGGCAGGCAAACGGACUCCCCAUGAUGAACGGAAUUCCAAAACCCGAAGACCCCCCGGAGCUGAACCGCCAAAGCCCCAACCCUCGCAGGACUAGUGCAGUUCCACCCAGCCUGGUGCCUCUGGUGAACGGCUCCAUGCCCACGAGCGUGCACCCCCUCAACGGUCGCCCUGGCCCCAUCAGUCUGUCCGGAGCCGUCGCUGUCGGCGGCCCCGGGGAGCACGGAAAGCGCCUGGAAGAGCUGAAAGACAAACACAGGGCGGACAGCCUGUCGGACAUGUCCGAGAGCCAGAAGGACUGGUUCAAAGCCAAAACGGUGAAGGACUACAUGGCGCUGCACGCGUACGAGGGCCGGCUGAAGAAGGAGCACGCAGCCAUGCAGCGGCAGAUGGUGUUCGAGGCGGGAGCCUCUUCCUCAAAAAUCGACAGGGUGAAGCACGCUCGCCCUGUAAAGAGGAAGGCCUCCCCCGAACCAGAAGGGGAGGGCAGUGCCCCCAAGGUGAACGGCAGCGAGGGGCAGUCGUGGCUUCCCUCGUCCUCCGAGGUCAUGAAGAUGCCCCCGUCUUCUCUCCAGGGUUUCCCCACCGCUCCCCCUUCCACCAUGUCGCCCCACUCCCGCACCACCCCACCCGAAGCCGCCCCAGCACAGAACGGCCAGUCCCCCAUGGCGGCGCUCAUCCAGGCCACCGACAACGCAGGGAGCACGGGUUCACCCAAAGAUGGCAACCAGGUCCACUCCACCACGUCGGGCACCAGGCGGAACAGCGGCAGCCCCCUGUCGCCGUCCUCCGCCUCUCAGAGGAGGUUAACCCAGAGGGAGGGGCCCACCAGCACCAACUCUUCUGCUCCACACGGGGCCAGUCUCAUGGACCCCCAUGUGCCGCAGCCACAGAACAUUCUGGACUCCUCCGUUCCACCGGUGCCGCUGUGCUGCACUCUGUGCCACGAGCGGCUGGAGGACACUCACUUCGUCCAGUGCCCGUCUGUGCCCUCCCAUAAGUUCUGCUUUCCCUGCUCCAGGGAGAGCAUCAAGCAGCAAGGUGCCACCGGCGAGGUGUACUGCCCCAGUGGGGAGCGCUGUCCGCUGGUCGGUUCCAAUGUGCCCUGGGCCUUCAUGCAGGGGGAAAUAGCUACUAUCCUGGCUGGGGACAUAAAGGUAAAAAAGGAGAGGGACCCUUGAAAUGCUCUCCGACCCCAUUUUACUCCACAGCAGGACCCAAGCAUAAAAGUCCGGAAAAGCGGACUUCUGUGUACAUAUUGGACACAAGUCUAUACUUGGUAAACAUUGAUGUAUAAUUUCUUUGAUUUCUCUUUUGUUUUUCAGUACUUUUUUUUUUUCUAUAUUUUGAGGAUUACAAGGUAUGGACUCCUCAUAACAGACUCUUUCCCAUCACAGUUGUUUCUGUUCGGUCUGGAGAGAGUCCCCGUCACACUUUAGAAUGUGAUUUCAUUUGAGCACUUGGCUGAAAAAAUAAAUAAAAAACAAAACAUGCUUCUAGCUGUACAUGUAUGCACUUGUUCCAGAAAAAAAAGAGACUUGCCAAAUACAGUUUCAGAUCUUGUAAUAAUA